UUAUUACUGUAUUUUUUUUUUUUUGUUUCAAUGAAUCGUGAUUGGUCCGUUCUCUAAUUCUCCGAUUGCUUUCUACAUCCUCUCCGACGAUCGCCGUUGGAUGCUUGACCGCCAUCCGCUUCCCUCGGUUGCGAUCGCAAGCCAGCUGUCCGCCUCUCUCUCUCUCUCUUGGACUCUCGCCGCCAGCACCGCCUAACUCCUUUCCCCAAUUCCGCCGAGAGAAAGAUCGCCGCUCGAACUCCCGUCCGUCCAUUCUGAUUCCCUCCAGCACAGGCCAGAAGCUGAGUCUGGUCCUCCCAUCUUCUAAGGGUACGUCAUAUUUGUGCCAGCAGGAGGGUUUUGCUUCAGCUGAUUUCUAGGUUGUUUCAUUUGUGGGAGAUGGACAAUGGCAAUGAUUUCACAUUCUGCAAGGCAGCUUCAUCUGCUGAUGGAGAUGAUGCCAAGGCGAAGUCUCUGGCAUCAGAGAUAGGUGGAAUAACAAUUGAAGACGACAAGUCGACAAGAAUAAGUGACGAUAAGGGUAGUAGUGUUGUCUGUAAAGAUGGUGCCUCUUCUAAGGAGGAGAAGAAUGCUGGAACAUUGUCUUUCACUGUCACUGAUAGAUCAAUACCACGGGAGUCGAGUGAGUCAUCACCACCGGUAGCAACUAGAAAUGGGGAAACUUCUGCCAAGAAUAUUCGAGGACAAGCUCCUGCUAAGAAGCCUGCAGCCCGAGCCAAGGUCCCUUUUGAGAAGGGGUAUAGCCAAAUGGAUUGGCUUAACCUAACUCGAACUCACCCUGAUCUUGCAGGAUUGAAAGGACAAUCAAACAAGAGAUUGAUUUCCAUAAAUGAAGUUAAACAACACCAGUCAGAAGGUUCAAUGUGGACUGUGCUGAAAGGUCGUGUGUACAAUUUGUCCCCAUACAUGAAGUUUCAUCCGGGAGGUGUUGAUAUGUUGAUGAGGGCGGUUGGCAAGGACUGUACAGCACUAUUCAGUAUCCUUUUCCCAGUUCGUACUCAUUUUACUUCCAUUUAAUUUGUCCAAAAUUACAGAUGAAAUUGAGAUGGUUUGUCUGUUCAAUUUGCGAUCCUUAUUGCUUCAUUACCAGAUAAAUACCAUGCUUGGGUGAACGCAGAAUUCUUAAUGGAGAAAUGCCUGGUUGGGAUUUUGGAUGAUAGUAUUAGUAAGUGAAGAUUAUAUGCUCCACAUUUGUUUCUGCUUCUUCAUUUACUUCAGCCCAUCAUACAUUGUAUUCAUCAAAUAAGCGUUCUAGUUGUAACUAAGCUUCCAAAUGUGUGCCAGAAGAUGCAGAUUGUUGUACAGAGAUGGAUUAGCCUCUCUUUCCUGUAUUUACUUUAUCAUGUCAACAUUUUCUGAACGCAACAAUAGUGCCCUAAACACUUACAUCCA